GGGGGUGUGACCUAACGGGGAAGGAGAUCCGUUUCUCUGUACCGUUGAUAUCGCUGAGCUCCUUUGCUGCGGUCCAUCUCACUGUCAAGACUCAGUCGGAUCUCCAGAAAUUAACCGCUAACUGAACUUUUUCAGGAUGUCCAGGGAGCAGCAGGCGGUGGCUUGUGCCAGGAGAGCCUUUGAAACAGGCAGGUCCAAAUCUUUAGAGCACCGCAUCCGCCAGCUGAAGAACCUACAGCGGUUAUUCACUGAGAGACAGAAAGAGAUUUCAGAUGCCAUCAAGAAAGAUCUCAAUAAGAGUGAGGUGGGGACCCAGCUGUAUGAGACUCUAGGUCUGGAGGGGGAGAUCAGCCUGGCCAUCAGAAAGCUGAAGGAGUGGGCGGCCCCUCGUCCCGUGGAGAAGAACCUGCUGACCCUCUCGGACACCGUCUACAUCAAGCCGGAGCCACUGGGAGUGGUGCUGAUCAUCGGGGCGUGGAACUACCCCUGGGCUGUCACCAUCCAGCCACUUAUUGGAGCCAUCGCCGCUGGUAAUGCAGCUGUGGUUAAGCCCUCUGAGGUCUGUGUUCACACUUCAAGGGUCAUGGAGGAGCUGCUGCCAAUUUACAUUGACAAAGAGCUUUACCCUGUAGUAACCGGAGGAGUGCCAGAGACCCAGGAGCUGCUGCGCCAGCGGUUCGAUCACAUCUUCUACACCGGCAACAGCAUGGUGGGCAAACUGAUCAUGGAGGCUGCCGCCAAACACCUGACGCCUGUCACCCUGGAACUGGGUGGAAAAAGCCCCUGCUACAUCGACAAGAACUGUGACAUAAGCGUAGCCUGCAGACGUGUCACCUGGGGAAAGUACACCAACUGUGGUCAGACCUGCAUCGCUCCAGACUACAUCCUGUGCGAGCCCAGCAUCCAGGACCGGGUCGUCGAAGAGAUCAAGAAGUCCAUUAAGGAUUUCUACACAGACAACCCAAAGACCUGCCCUGACUAUGGACGCAUCAUCAACCAGCGCCACUUCAAGAGGAUAAUGGCCAUGUUGGACGACAGCACGAUCGCCAUAGGAGGAGACAAUGAUGAGUCAAACUGCUACAUAGCCCCCACAGUGCUGCGUGACGUGAAAUCGGACGCCAAGGUGAUGCAGGAGGAGAUAUUUGGACCUCUGCUUCCCAUCUUGACAGUCAGCGGCCUGGAUGAAGCGAUCAAGUUUAUCAAUAAGGGAGAGAAGCCUCUGGCCCUCUACGUCUUCACACCAGAUGACAAGGUGAUAAAGAGGAUGGUAGAUGAGACCUCCAGCGGAGGACUGCUGGCCAACGACUGUCUUGUACACUAUUCUGUCAGUUCUCUGCCUUUUGGAGGAGUGGGAAACAGCGGUAUGGGUUGCUACCAUGGCAAGUUCAGCUUCGACCAGCUGAGCCACCUGCGUAGUUGUCUUGUCAAAAAGCUGACCAUGGAGGGGGUGAACAGCAUGCGAUAUCCGCCUCACACACCCAAGAAACUUGGCUGGGCGCGCUUCUUCAUUCUGAAGACCGUAGACCUGGGCUGGAUGGGGCGGAUGGCGCUCUUAGCCGUCCUGGCUGUGGUGGCUGCCGCUGUGCUACAGAAGUUUCUCCUUUGAAGACGUCCUGCUGCUUUUCAGACAACACUGACCCUCUGGACCAGAGAGAAGAAGAGAUAACAUUUCACCAAGAUGUUUCUGUAUAAAUCAAAUCAGCAUCUGCAAGCACUGCUGGAAUAUUCCAGGUGUUGCCUUAAUGCAUUUUACAUUUUAACAACAGAAUCACAAGUUUCAUGUAGUUCACUGUAGAGAGCAACUUUUCGUGAAGGUAAUAAUUUAUUCCCAUAUAAGGCUCUUAUAUUUGUGUUCAGCAUUACUAUGUUCCAUUUUAACCUUUUAGAUCAGGUUUGUAUAAUUAAAAAAAUGUCAACAUCCUUUAUAAUGUACAAUACAAUGCAAAGAUUUUGCCAUUAAUUAUUUUAAAUGAAGAAACACAAUGCCUAAAGCUCCUGUACGACUUACAGUAUAGCAUUUACCAACAGCACAAUCAGUGCUCACUGAAGGGCACAGAAAAUGAAGUUAGUAAAAUUUAACUAACCUUUAAUUUUUUUGAUCAUAAUGAAGCCGUUUUUACUGUGUAGGAAUUUACCUGCAGUUCACUUUUAGUCCGUUCCACUUUAAUGAUGGAUUAGCCAUUAACCUGACAUUCAGCCUUAAGGUGCUUGAUCAUUUCUGCCCAGUGUUUUGUUUUGUUUUGUUUUGUUCUGUUUUGUUUAUCUAGCUUGUGUCUGUCCACUAAUGGCAGAAAAGAAGACGAAAUGUCUAGUCUGUCUCUGUGAAUCAAACAGGAUCAUAUGAAGGACGUUUUUAUUUCCAAAUGCCUGUAACAGAUUUAAGUAACUUGUUUAAUUUUUGAACAGUAGUUGCUACAUGUUCUUUUUUAAUCACACCAGUAAAUUAAUAGUUGAAUAUAGAUCCAUGUAUAUUGGAUUAAUAUUGAAAUAAAUAUAUUUCUAUAUGUUUCA